UCCAUUUUCCACAGUGUUGUGCGUUUCUCUCAGAGGAAUACUAAUCAAGUAUUUUCUGAUGGCAUCUCAACAAAAUACGAGUAUCAAAGUCUGCUGCCGUAUACGAGAGCAAAAUGAAAAAGAUAAGGAGGCUUUGGUACACAGUUAUGAAUUUCCAGAUAAAAAAUCAAUAUUACAUUUGCAUUCUGACAAGGUGUAUACUUUCGAUCAAAUAUUUGAUCCGAAUUCAUCCCAAGAACAAGUAUACGAUGAUGUUGCUAAACCCAUAGUUGCCAAAGAUGAGACAGUUUCAGUUCGUCAAGAAAACGUAGCAGUUAUUUCGGAUUCUUCUUUUUAUUUAUCCGAGAAUGCCCCACAGUGUAUCCAAGUAUUUGAUAACUACAUAAAAGAUGCUACUACGUAUACUGAACUCCAAUCCCCGGAUCCGUAUAUUCACCCGACUACCUCCGGAUUGUGGUUUGAGGAACCAAGAAACGUUCGAUUGCCUACCGUCACGAGCAGAAGAACAAGGGGUCGAGGAUUUUUGUCAAGAUAUACCAGUUUUAAAUCAAAAGAUCGUGGAAGGAAUAAUGGCGGUGGAAUGUCCAGGGAAGAAAAAAAGAGAAUUGCCUGCAUUCGAAAGAGAAGUAGCAUACAAGAGAUGAAUGAAGGAUUCGACAGAUUAAGUGAUGUUCUACCAACUACGGAACCUCCUGGAAAAAAACUGUCCAAAUUAGAAUGUCUCAGGUAUUUCUCUUCUGGAGAUUUGGUUUAACUCAAAUGCAUACUAUAACACUAAA